CAGCGGGGGGUGCGGGGAAUAGCCUGCUGGGCUAAGCGACACACGUAGUACGGGGACGACAGAGGACUAGACGCGACAGAAAAGGCAAAGUCACACCACCAGUCGAGAUUCACAGUGAUGGAGGACAUGCCGCCGGCAGACGAGGGACUCUGCUCCGCCAAAAUCUGUAGACAGCGGAGCCCUUAUAGUGCCCUGAAGACCUUCCCCAGCAAGCGACCGGCAGUCAAAGCAAGGUAUGACAGACCCACUAUGCUGACUAUCCCACUGCUAGCAAGCGGCGGCGGGCAGCAUCAUCACAGCCAUUAUCAACAUCAGCACCCUCAGCCCUCCGUCAUCAGCAGCGGCGAGCACCACCAGCGCACGCUGCAGCAGCGAUUCCCCUACGAGACCGGGCCCAGCUGCGGGGUCGCCACGUCCUCUUCAGCGGUGGCGACAACAGCAACCGUGGGCACCCCGCGGAGGGUCUGCGGCGCAUCGGACCAUCAUAGCACCAGGUACCCGGCAGGAAGCUCCGUACAUUGCCACGAAUCUCCAGACUGCAGUCAAGAACUGAGCGCAGAAAACCGCCUCAUUCUGGACGCCUUCGCCCAGCAGUGCAGCCGCGUCCUCACGCUUCUCAACAGCAGUGGCAGGUGCCUGGAUGCCCGUGCGCCUCUCCCCGCGGCCCUGUCCCUGCCCUCCUGCGUCAAGCAGGAGGAGGCGGGCGAGCAGUGGGGGACCGACCACACGGACACCUCCGAGGCAGAGUCCCAGAAGGGCAGCGGGAACCGCCAACAGCGACCGCGGACGUCGGCCGUCCUCCGUGCCUUCACCGAAUCGCUCCAGGGCUACCUCAUCUCCGGCGCCCGCCCGCCUGACCUCGGCCUCCCAGCUGACCCCCCCCCCCCCACGGGCUCCCCCGCUCGCACCCUGGGCGGCUGGGCGUCCCCCUCGCCCUCAGAGUCCCACGGCCACCCCUCCUCCACUCUGCCCGAGGAAGAGCAGGAAGAGGAGAGCUGCUGCCCUCGCUGUGUGGAGAUGGAGCAGGAGGUGCUGUGCUUGCAGCAGGAGAACGAGGACCUGCGGUGCAAGCUGGACAGCAUUCCUGCCCCGUGUCAGACAGUCCUGGACUUUUUCAAGACCGUCCUCCAGCACCACAACCAAUUCUUGCAGCCUGUUCUGGAGGAGCAGCUGACAGAGGGCAGUAAGCAGCUCCUGGGAAACUACCCCGUCUUCAUAACCAACAAGCAGUGGGACGAGGCGGUCAACUCUUCCAAGAAAGACGGGCGUCGGCUCCUGCGCUACCUGAUCCGAUUCGUCUUCACCACCGACGAGCUCAAGUACUCCUGCGGCCUGGGCAAGAGGAAGCGCUCCGCUCAGUCCGGCGAUCCGGGCCCAGAGAGACGCCCGCUCAACCCAGUCAAGGUCACCUGCCUCAGAGAGUUUAUACGGAUUCACUGUGCCUCUAAUCCUGAUUGGUGGAUGCCGUCAGAAGAGCAGAUAAACAAGGUGUUCAGUGAUGCGGUGGGCCACGCGCGGCAGGGCCGGGCAGUUGGCACCUUCCUGGGCAUCGCCAGCAGCAGCAACUGUGGAAGCAUCUACUCAGAAAGCAUAGACAGCCACCUGUCUCAGGACGAGUUUUUCCUCAAGGGCCUUCAGGAAAGCUCGGCAGACUGA